GUUUUUAUUGGUUAGUUACGUUUGAUUCUACAAGCACGUGACAAUGUUUUCAUGUAAUGGCGGACAGCAAUGUUUGAUGUUCGCAUUUCUUACUUCAUCUUGUUUCUCUUUGUUUAAAAAGAUAAGGCUCAUAAUUUUGCUGAACUAGUUCCAAAGUCUUUUGAAAGAUAUAUGCUGGAUUUUUGGAGGUUAAGGCUACCUGAAAUGUUUUACAGUACAUGUCCACGCCCAUUUUAAGAAGAUGGGCCUAAGACGAAAUAGACUCGAUACAGCUGGAAAACUUCAGAAAUUUAUGCAAAGAAAUGAAAAAUCAAGAUGACAUAUUUACUGUUGCUUAAAAAAUAUUGGGUAAUUAGCUUCGUAUUGGUGAUCCACAUCCAAGUUUCAGAAUUUUUGGACUACAAAGAGGGAAAAUCGAUACACGAGUUCCAAUACUUUCCAGAGAGUGAGAGAAUAAGGCUCAGAGAGGAUGCUCGUAAAAUGUUCUACUUUGGAUAUGAUAAUUACAUGAAGUAUGCCUUCCCAAAAGAUGAAUUGAAUCCAAUUUAUUGCACUGGAAGAGGCCCAGAUUAUGAGAAUCCCUCUAAUAUAAAUGUAAAUGAUGCACUGGGAGAUUAUGCAUUGACACUAGUUGAUUGUCUUGACACUCUAGCAAUUAUUGGAAACAGAAGUGAAUUCAAACUUGCUGUAAAACGGGUUUUGAACCAUGUAUCCUUUGAUAAAGAUAAUGUUGUGCAAGUUUUUGAAGCUACAAUAAGAGUUCUAGGUGGAUUAGCUGCAGCUCAUUUGUUGAUAGUUGAUCCAGAUAAGCCCUUUGGGAAUAUCAAACCACUUGGCUAUGAUAAUGAACUGUUACAUUUGGCUCAUGAUCUAUUGAACAGAUUGCUUCCAGCAUUUGAAGCAACAAACACUGGAGUUCCUUGGCCUAGGGUGAACCUGAGACAUGGAGUACCAAAAGACUGUUCCCAAAAUACCUGCACUGCAGGAGCUGGCACUCUUCUACUUGAAUUUGGUAUUCUUGGAAAACUACUUGAUGAUCCAAAUAUUGAAAAUGUAGCCAGGAGAGCUCUAGAUGCACUUUGGAGUUUCAGAUCAAAUGUCACUGGUCUUUUUGGAAAUGUUUUGGAUGUUCAGACUGGUGAAUGGCAUGGUAAGAUGAGUGGUGUUGGGGCAGGAGUUGAUUCAUUCUAUGAGUAUUUACUAAAGAGUUAUAUUGUGUUUGGAAAUAAAACUGAUCUUCAUAAAUUUAAUGGUAUUUUCCAAAGCAUCAAACAACAUAUGAGAAUGGGGCGAAAAUUUUGUAACAAUGGGACCGGUGAAGUUCCAUUGUAUGUCAAUGUUCAUAUGGACAAUGGUGAUAUUCUGAAUACAUGGAUAGACUCUCUACAAGCUUCCUUCUCUGGAGUCCAGGUGCUUCGUGGUGACAUCGAAGAAGCAAUUUGUAGUCACGCCAUUUAUUACGCGAUUUGGCAAAGGUACGGUGCAUUGCCUGAGCGGUUCAACUGGAAAUUCAAGGUCCCUGAAGUUAGCUUUUACCCCUUGCGACCUGAAUUUGUAGAAUCAACGUAUCUGCUAUACCAGGCUACAAAACAUCCAUUCUACCUUCAUGUUGGAUCAGAUAUAUUGACAAGCUUGGAUGCACAUACCAAAGAAAAAUGUGGCUACGCGACAAUCCACGAUGUCCAAGACAGAUCACUUGAAGAUCGCAUGGAAAGCUUUUUCCUAAGUGAAACCUGCAAAUAUCUAUUUCUAUUGUUCGAUAAAGACAAUCCUGCCAACAAAGAUGCUUCGAACUACAUUUUUUCUACCGAAGGACACAUCUUCAAGCUAGACAGUCUGUAUAGAGGAGAUAAUGAAAAUUAUAGAAAAAAGCACCCCUUACCUUCGUCAAUUUUGCCGAGUGUUACCCACAGUCCGGUUUUUAACGCUACACAGUGUUCGUCCUUUGAAGACUUGCGGUUUCAACCUUUUCCUAUUAAAGAAAGGUAUUGGACGCAGAUAGAAGAAUUUGUGGGACUUCGAUGAAUUUGCAUGUUCUUAAUAUUGUUUAAAAUAUUUUUGGAGUUUUGUACUCUCGUUUUGAUAAAUCAUUCAAAGAAAUUGAAAUAAAUUGUUAAAGCACUUUUAUGAAUCAAAUGCUCACAUUGGUAAAGAUAAAUUUUUAUGAAAAGCCUGGCUAUAAACUUG